UCCACGAUUGGAGACGUAGAGUGCGGUUGUCGUUAGAUCACGAAAUCAUUAUCAAUCCCAUGGCAUCAUUGGAUCCUACUAAUAGACCUGGUCAGCCGCAGCCAACCGACAUCGGCGUUGACUACAUCUGCCUGGAAUGGGAAAGUGCCGAGAGAGAUGACGUCACUCAUUAUGAGAUUCGGAUGAAAUUAGCCAGUGACGAAUCAUGGAACAAGACUAUUAUUCCCACGGAAGAUAGGCGACCGUUACAUCGUGUCGACGAUCUUUUACAGAAUACGGGGUAUGAAUUCAUGUUAAGAGCUGUUUAUCCAGAUGGCAGUAGCAGCGCCUUCAGCCACAAGAGUGUGAAAAUCACAACAAAAUGUUCAGAGCUCCGUACUCUACUUAAAGUCUGCCAAAAGAUAGAUGACGGGCCGCCAGGCGUUUACAGACUUCCGCUGAUGAGUGUAUCAGAGAACAAAGACAAAAAGACACGAAAAUGUGUUUUUGGGACCUCCACUUGUCUUCGAGAGAGAACUAUACUGAUGGUUGGCACCAAUGAAGCAGGGAAAACCACACUCAUAGAAGGACUUGUCAACCAUUGUCUAGGAGUUCAGUGGGAAGACGACUUCAGAUUCGCAAUUACUGAUGAAACUUCUACUCACAAGGGGCCACGCACUGAAUGGAUCACCGGUUACAAACUACACCCAAUUAUGGAGAAAGGCGACUUCAUUUUGAAUAUCAUUGACACCCCAAGCUUCCAUGACGGAUCAGGAUCAAUCGAAAGUAACAAAAGGGUACUUCAACGGCUCCACUGGUUCUUAUCCACUAAAGAUCCCCAGGGUAUCAACCGUGGAAUCCAUGCUGUUUGCUUCGUCACGCCCGCCAAUCAUGUCCAGUAUGACGGUAUUGACAACCAUUUACGUGACAUAUUCCGGAGUAUAAUGUCAAUUUGUGGUGUCAACAUGCUGGAGAACGUUAUCCCAAUGUUACCUUUUGCCGACGGAAAAAGUCCAUCCGUGCUAGCCAACCUCUCAGCAGCUGGUGUUCCGACACACCAUCACUUUGUCUUCAAUAAUUCGACGCUCUUCCCUCCAUACUUAACAGACGCUCAAUUGGGAAAAACGUUUUGGCAGUUGGGAUCCAGAGGGAAUGAAGAAUUUCUGAAGUAUUUGUCGAACAUGAAUCCAUAUCGAGUACUCGAGAAUACUCCGGAAACAGUAGAACCCACCGAAAAACCAGUUAUUCAAGAAGAGAACAUGCAGCUAAAUCGUAUGAAGAUUAAUGACAGACUUGAAUAUCUUUCAACAUUGAAGGCUGACAGAGACAUCUUGAAAAAAGCAAUGCUAAAUGCAAAUAUGCCGUCAACUCCAUCGCAUAUGCGUGUACCAACAGAGGAUGGAAAACGUGCUACCAACUGCUCUCAUUGUAAAGUAGCUUGUCACUACCCAUGUACAUGUUCUGUUACAUCAGACAGCGAUCUUCGUAAUUGUAUAGUUUUUAAACAAACGGAAAAAUGCACGAAAUGCAUAAAUGAAUGUUGCUACUCCAAUCACGAUACCUCCACUAAAGAUCGUUACGAAUGGUGUUGUAUUGCACUACCGGAAUUUGGAUUUAAUUGUGACGAAAAGGUAGCGAAUGACGCAAUGAAAUUUGCCAUGAAGCGGGCUUUUUUGUCUUCUCUGGAAGAAGUGACCUCUUUGAUUGCAAUACAAAAGAAAUUUAGCAAGGACUUGCAAGGAAUACAAAAAAGCGAACAUGACUUUAUCGUACAUAUGAUUGACACAGAAAAACAGGAAAAGACACCUGGGUUCAAGAAACGCGUGGAACUACUAAGUAGUAUCCAAGAAAUUUCUGCGGUUUCUACUUCUGACCCAAGCACUAGUCUACAUAAAAUGGGAUUCGUUGACUGAUAAAACCUGAAUCUCAAAGGACGUUUGCGAAUAUCGUGGCGCGGUGUCAUCUGGAAAACUGACAGUAAAUUGACAGGUACUAUCCACUUAGUGGGUAAACAGAACUUUCCUGUAAACAACUCGCUGUUUAUCAGCUCUUCUCAUCCUUCUCACUCCUCUGGAAUAAAGAAACCACUCCCCUAUUACUUUCAAAUUCAUGUCCUAUUAUUAAUCUUAAUGCUUGCACCAUCAUAACAUCAUAACUUCUUUUCUCCUAACAACUGGAAAUAUCACUAUACUAGAUCACCAUGUAUAUUUACUGACUGUCGAAUUCCUUUUAAACCUUUUUCAUAUCCCUCUAUCAACAUUCAUACUAUGAACUUUCCUAUUAGAUAAAAUAAAAAUUAUCACCACAGUCGACAACCGGAAGGAGAAAGUCACAGAGCACUUGUAUAAGAAUAUGGACAUUAUGAAUAGUUAAUGUGUAUGUGUGUUAAUGGUGGCCCAUGUCGAAAUGUCCCACGAAAAAGACUCCUAUGCAGUUAUUCGGUAAAGAUUGUUAAUUGAAAAUUAUAUUGUAUGUUUGUAAAAACUUGAUUUCUAAUUUCUAUGAUUUUGCUUCUUUACCAAUAACUAAUUUUAAACAGAACUAAUCCUCAAUGAUCCAACAGCUUAUCACUUGUAAUAUAUAAACAUUAUAUAUCGUUUAAAAUCGUCCGGAGAUAUGUUCUUGUGUAGUUUUGUGUACUUUUAUUAUUUAGCGUAUUCAUAGCAAUUCAAAAAGUUUCUUCUAAUAACCGUCUCUUAUUUUUUAUCAUUUAUUUUUAACUAAUUGCCAAUGACAUCUUCAACAAAGGUCAAUGAUGUUAAUUUCUAGUAAAAGCCUCCAUUCAAUAUACCGACUGGAUGUCAUCAAGGUCUUAAAUGGCAGGGUUUAUAGAAUUGUAACUAGACUUGUUGCGUGACAGGCUAUGUUAAUGGUGUAUUAGCGGUUUCAUAGUCCUAAGGAAAGCACGAAAAUAAAUACAAUAUAAUUUGUUAAAAUUCUAGACAACCAAUUUGCCAGUAUAGUGAAUUCGUACUACGCAGCAACCAUCUAGGAUGCGUGAAAGAAAAUGUGCAAGAAAAGUUCAUUAGAUAUGUCAUUGACAAGGGAUUUAUGUGAUUAAUGUACCAUGUAAUAAUGUUACAUUUAUAAGGGAUACUGGUAAUAACCGUAUAUGAUUUAGACGAUGAUUGUGUAGUGCUUUAUAUUGUGUUAUCCUUGUCAUUCUGAGUUUCCUUUGCUUAUACACCUCUGGAGAAAUUUUACUUUGAAGUUGUUUACAAAAGUAAGUUUUCUCAUCUUAGAUUAUUAAACAUUAAUAAAGCUUAAUUUAAGUAUAUUUACAUUUACACUGGAGUCCCACUAUAUAGCCUUACCAAGCUCACUUGAAGGUUACGAGUCCAUAA